AUGGAGAGACACGACCUGUCUUCUCCCGCUCCUUUCGAUAGCUUUUUAACCAACAACCACAGUUUACCUGUCUUUUCUUCUCCCGCGUCGUCGGGUGCGACCUCCCUUUCGUCUCUUCUACCUUCUAGUUCGUCUUCCUCCUCGUCAGUUUUUUCAUCGUCGCUUUCUGACGUUUCGUCUGGUGUCUCCUCUUCGUCAUUGUCUUUUCCUCGUCUGUCUCCAUUCUCAGUCGAGGCACCAGUUGUGACCGAGAUGUCUCCGACGACUGCGCCUUCUCUCCUUCCAUGGAGUGCCUCUACCUUUUCUUCGGGUAUGCCUUCUGGACAGUUCGCUUCCUUCCCUCCUGCCUUUCCUGUCUUACCAAGCGCUGCCACUCCACACGAAGAAUACAACGCUCGGGAUUCUUCUCAGACUAAUUGCUCAACUGGUCCUGUCUCUCCUCCCCCCUUCCCUGUUGAUUCUUCUUCCCCUUCUUCUUCUCCUUCCUCCUCACCGUCGUCUUCUCCUUCAUCGCCUUCUUCUUCUCCUUCUCCUUCUUCCUCCUCACCAUCGUCUUCUCCUUCAUCGCCUUCUUCUUCUCCUUGUCCUCCGUCUUUGCCUUCUUCGUCUCCUUCUCCUGAGGGAGAUGCUGAACCUGUUACAGCGAGGGAGAGACAGGGGAGACAAGGCAGUGAAGAAUGGAUGGCGAACGCGGUGGACGCGAGCAGGGACAAGGAGGCCGCGUCGGAUGUCUGGGAGGCGCUUCGUUCAGAGGCUUUCUUACAACUCCACCCUCUGAGCAAGAAGGAGGAGUGGAAGGCGCUAUCUGGGGGGAGAGUGAGAGCCUUGCUAGCUGCAGACGUUGCCGGAGAAGAGAGUCCUUCUCCUCUGCGCAGACGCCACCCGUCCUCUGAGGAACCUGCCGACAUUUUGGUGUGGAUCUUCCUCUUCGCUCUCAUGCUGGCCCUCGGGAGCGUCAUUUGCUUGGUUACGCGGCACUGGCGAAGAGCGAUCGAAGACCGGAGGAACCGCGAGCGGCUCAACAGCAUCGGCGUCGCUUCGGAGACGCCUUCUCCCGACAUCUUCAGUAGCGGCCGCGAAUGGGACUCCAUUGUUUGGCAUAUUGAAGGAGCUCGACCGUCGACGAGCAUGCACCGGCCUGGCGAGGACGACGAGGCGAGUCGACCUGCCGGAGGCAUUUUGGUCACGGGGUCUGGAGGGCUGCCGAUCUUGGGUCUUUUCCGCAUCGUUGGUGUGGGAGCAGAAGAAAGUGGAGAAAUGAGAGAAGAAAACAGAGGCUUGUUUUCCCUCCAAGGCCAGGGGAUCGAUGCCUGGUGCGCCGCGCGUCCUUACGCCUGCUUCUUCCCGGGAGGCUCUGAGGAAGCGAUGCCGGCUGCCGACCCUACGAACUUCGGAGCCUCCCCCAACGGGACACCAGCUGGCGCGACAGCUUCUUCGUCUUCCUCUUCUUCGUCUUCUUCUUCGUCUUCCUCUUCUUCUUCGUCUUCCUCUUCUUCUUCGUCUUCGUCGUUUUCUGCGUCUUUUCAAGACGCUGCUGUCUCUUCAGGUGUCUCCUCUCCCGUUUUCGAUGCGGACGCAGCCGGACGUUCCGGAAGAGCGAAUGUCUGUGGAGCUGGUGGUGCGCAUGCAGUUUCGUGUCGCCCCGCUUUGCCUGACCCAGAGGAGGGAGAAAACAAAGAGAGAAGGAAGGAGGGGAGAGAAGGCGAGGACGCGAGUGGACGGAACAGUUCUCAGGUCCGAAAUUGUGCGAUUUGCAUCGAGGACUUUGUCCCCACAGCCCUCGUUCGUCUCCUUCCCUGCGGCCAUGUCUUUCACCGAACGUGCAUUGACUCUUGGUUUACUCGGUCAACUCUCUGUCCGCUGUGCCUUCACGACUACAGACCGGCUUCGCCUUCGCCUAGUGCAGCGCCUUUGAGCUCUUCGCUGCUCGCGUCUCCAUCACGCUCUCGGCAGAGUCUGCUGACGCUACGCGCGUCGUUUCCCUACUCCGCGUCGAGUCCGCCUGCAUGGUCGAGGCACCACACUGCCCCCCUCCACUCUCUCCUCCACCCGACAGCGCCGUCCUUCCUCCCCGCGCAGUCUCUCCCCGCAGCGCAUGCAGUCCGACACGGCAGACUCGAGCAGGCUCGGACGCUGCAGCUGUUGGCCCUCUCCCAACGCGAGAGCGCCCGCGGCGGAGACAGGGGAAGGAGACAGGAGGCGCGCCUCUCACGUGCAGCCUCUGGCGGCGGUCGAGGUCCGCGGCGACCCCACAGCUCACGAGGACGAGCGCAGACAGCACAGAACUCUGGCGCGACGCAUCUCUAG